AUGGGUGCCGUCGUCUCUUGCAUCCAAAGCGUCUUCCACGCCAUCGGCUCGUGCCUGAUGGGCAUCGUGAACGCCAUCGGUUCCGUUCUGCACGCUAUCAUCAGCGGUGUCGUCACCGUCAUGGACGUGCUCAUCUCCUGCCUGACAUGCGGUUACUGCGGGAAUCGUCGUCGUCGAGGCACUAGGUCUGCGGUCUAG